CAGGCUUUCCCGGUAAAUGCCUGUUUAUCUUCUUAAGGUUACGAGGGUGGUAGGAAGGGAGGAGACAGCCAGUGAAUUUCUACUAAGCUGGGUGUGACCGAAAAGUAUUUCAAACAAAGAACGUUCCUGCGUGCCCCGAGUCACUGCGCUGCUGUCAUGUUGCGCACUUUCCCACUGUCAGCAGCAGAACGUGGAGAGAUUUACCUGGACCUUGCGCUGAACCAGUGAAAGGAAGCCCGGAUGUAUUGGUGGCUGAACGUGUGCGUGAAAAGACGCCCUCGUGAAAGGAGGUGGUCUAAAAGAUGACGUAGAUCUCUGAUGAGAUCAGUGUGAUGAUUGGGACAAUCACUGAGUGGUUUUGGUGGGACCGCUUCUGGCUGCCAGGCAACCUCACAUGGGAGGCUCUCGAAGACAAGGAUGGGCUUGUCUACGCUAAAGCAUCUCACCUUUAUGUCACUGUACCUUGUGCUUUAAUCUUCCUUGUAGUCAGAUACCUGUUUGAAAGGUUAAUAGCUACACCGGUUGCAGCUUAUCUUGGGGUUACUGAGAAGGCCAGGCACAAGGCGGAGCACAAUCCUAUUCUAGAGCAUUACUUCACCACAAAGUCAAAAAACCCAGGACAGGCGGACAUAACCGGCCUGUCUAAAAAAUGCAGCUGGUCUAGCAGGCAGGUGGAGCGAUGGUUCAGGAGGAGACGGAACCAGGACCGACCUAGUGUUCUGAAAAAAUUCAGAGAGGCCAGUUGGCGAAUGGUUUUCUACCUGGCGUCGUUUAUUGGUGGCAUUAUAGCACUGUAUGAUAAACCCUGGUUUUAUAAUUUGCGAGAAGUAUGGAAAGGCUAUCCCAAACAGUCCAUGCUGGACUCUCAGUACUGGUAUUAUGUUUUGGAGAUGAGCUUCUAUUUGUCGCUAGUGCUCAGCAUUGCCUUUGAUGUCAAGCGAAAGGAUUUCAGAGAGCAGAUCAUCCACCACUGGGCCACGCUGACCCUUCUAUUUUUCUCCUGGGGUGCGAAUUACAUCAGAGUUGGGACCCUCAUCCUGCUUGUUCAUGAUGCCUCUGACAUUCUUUUGGAGUCUGCAAAGAUAUUGAACUACGCCAAGUGGGAAAGAACGUGCAAUGGCAUCUUUGUCAUAUUUGCUUUUGUUUUCAUGGUGACACGGAUCAUAAUCUUUCCAUUUUGGAUCAUUCACUGCACGUGGGUCUAUCCACCUGACCUUUACCCUCCAUUUAUUGGAUAUUACUUUUUUAACAUCAUGCUCGUCAUCCUGUUGAUGCUGCACAUAUUUUGGUGGUGUCUAAUUCUGCGCAUGGUGAAGAUGUUCCUCUUUGGAAGCUUGUUGACCAAAGACGAGAGAAGCGAUAAUGAAGAAGACGAGGAAGAAGACGGAGAAACAAGUAGGAUGGAAGACAAUGACGGACAUGUAAAAGUCACCAAUGGCUGUGGGAAUGGAGGCGGAGCUAAUCAUCACUGACGCCUCUUUUCUGGGGUCUCCAUGAAGUAACUGUGGAGGACCUUCAAUUGCACUCAGGAAAACCAAGCUUUGGGAGCUCGUCUCCCACGCUGGAGUGUUCGAAAAACAGACAUUAACCCUCGCUGACAGUAAAACAUAUUUUUAAUUUAUUGCCAUGCAGAAAAUAUUAUGUUAAAUCCUUAAUAAAAAAGCUUUUUUCCACUUCUUUGGAGACAAGGCUUUGUGUGUUAUGGCCACUUUUCCAAAGCCAAACCUUUUUCCUUUUAUAAAUAAAAACAGUGUUUGUUAUGGCACAGGAUUACAUUGGUAAUCACAGUAAAUGCACCAAUGGUAUAAAAAAUAGCCUUGUACCACUCACGCCGUUGAAGCUCAGAGUUUACGUCACACUGACUGCCUUCGCCGUUUGCAUUUGUCAUCAAGGUCUCGUCUUUCACGCGCCAUUUGCCAUACUGGCGCAUUACAUCAAGACGAGUGUCUGUGAAGAUCUAAUGACAUGAAAUGUCAAGUCUCUGUUUUUUGUCGGUGAUUUAGAGAAAGAACAUUUUUAACCGCUCUCUUUUUUACACUCUUUUUUUUUGGCGUCAGGCUGCUACAGAUUAAAGUUGUCUACACUGGAAGUGUCGAAGCUUCAUGUUACUUCAUAAUGUUAACUUACUACGAAUAAUUUAGCUAUAGUAAAAAAAACUGUUAAAAACUUGAUUUUUUUACAGAAAUAUGUUGGCAUUUUGAAUGUAUAAUGUUAACAGUUUUGUGCAAACAGCAAUUAUAGAGCCAUGGGAAACCAUUGGUAGAUUUGUUUGGUUAUAGCACCUCCAGUGGCGAUAUUAUAUAAAGUACUUAAAAGGUGUAUAACAGAUUAAAAGCAUAAUUACUGGAUAAUACCAAAUUAAUGUGAGAUUUAAUGUAUUAUUUAAAUGCCAUGUAUAAAGUUUUGUGGCAGUAAUGAAAGUUUUUUGCAGAAAGAUUAUCUCAAAAUCCUCUUAAUAAUAAAGGUGCUACAAUUUUUCUAUAACCUUUCUGCACUGUAAAAAAUGAAAAGUUGAAUCAACUUAACAUUACUUCAAUUGGAAACACUUAUAAAAAAAUUCACCUUAAUGAAACUAAAGUAAAAUUUUAAGUUGAAAGAACUUAAAACUAAGUUGAUCCAACUUUUUAGUAUUUACAGUGUAAAACAGAAAAGUUCUUCAGAUGUUACAGGAUCUUUAUGGAUGAAGCCAAAAAUUGUGUUGUACCUUUUUUUGCAAAGUGACAUGAUGCACCGCAAUAGAUGCUUCUAGUGUUGACAGCUUUAUUGAUUUUAAUGGGAACAUUUUAGAUGUGAUGUGUCUGAUACAGACAUGGUGUUUUAGGCUACUGUGUAUAUAUAUAUGACUUAAAACAAACCACUAUAUGUGAAGAAUAUUGAAUGUCUUAACAAUAGAAAUGAAAAAUAAUGACAUUUUAUGAAUUAACUUACAUUUUUUAAAGCAGGUUUAAUCACUGCUUUAAUUUUUUAUAUCCAAAUUGGUGAAAGUAGCAGCCUAUGUAAUUUAAGACUCAAGUACGUUUGAGUAAAUGAAUUUGGUCGAACCUUCGCAAAAACAUUGAACACAGUUUUUUUGUGUAAUGAAAAGUUUGGAGAAUUGAUGUAGUGCAUUAUAUGAUUUAUGCAUUGAAAAUGUGAAGGAUAUGUUUUAUAUUUUUAAAUGUUUAAUUUUUGUUGUAAUAAAAA